AUGCAGAUUUUCGUAAAAACCCUUACUGGAAAAACUAUAACACUUGAGGUUGAGCCAAGUGAUUCCAUCGAGAACGUGAAAGCGAAAAUUCAGGAUAAAGAAGGUAUACCGCCAGAUCAGCAACGGCUUAUCUUCGCUGGUAAGCAAUUAGAGGAUGGGCGAACCCUAUCCGACUACAAUAUUCAAAAGGAGUCGACACUUCACCUUGUUCUAAGACUACGAGGAGAAUCCAAUAAAGGCCCCAUUUCAUUUCGCAAUAUUCUCCUCCCGGCCUCAUUUCUUGCUUGCUUUGCAGCAGGUAAUCAAACAGUAACCCGCUAG